GUGUUGUGGUUUUGGGGGAGGGAGGCGGAGGGGAAAGUUUGUUUAUUUUGUUUUUAGUUUCUGGGGUCCCCCGAGCUUCGGGAAGGUGAAGCGAGCGACAGCGACCCCCCUUGCCUCUCGGCCUCCCCGCGACGUCACCCCCGACAGCUUGCGGUGAAGCGGGGACCGCGGUCACCGCUGGGCUCCACGGCGGAACGACGCGCGCUCGGAGCCGGCGCGGCUCGGCGGGUUUUGGCUUUUUGCACUGAAUGUAACCUAGACUGGUUGUCUCAGGCUUGUGUUGCUGCAGGAUACUGUCAGAGGCAGUGUUUGUGUGUGUCUGCAGAGUUUUGCACAGAGGCUGUUCCCAUGCAAACCAAUGAGGGAGAAGUAGAGGAAGAAACCAGCUCCCAGGUGGAACAGGAGGAUUUUGUAAUGGAAGGGCAUGGCAAGACUCCACCUCCUGGAGAAGAGAGCAAACAAGAGAAGGAGCAAGAAAGGGAAGAACAGUUAAUGGAAGACAAGAAAAGGAAGAAAGAGGAUAAAAAGAAAAAAGAAGCCACCCAGAAGGUCACGGAACAAAAAACCAAAGUGCCCGAAGUGACGAAACCAAGUUUAAGCCAACCAACGGCCGCCAGCCCAAUUGGCAGCUCUCCAUCGCCACCAGUCAAUGGUGGCAACAAUGCCAAAAGGGUGGCAGUGCCGAACGGACAACCGCCAAGCGCCGCCCGCUACAUGCCUCGGGAGGUGCCACCGCGAUUCCGUUGCCAGCAGGACCACAAAGUGUUACUAAAACGUGGGCAGCCCCCUCCACCGUCCUGCAUGCUCCUCGGGGGUGGGGCAGGGCCUCCUCCCUGCACAGCACCUGGAGCAAACCCAAACAACAACGCACAAGUGACAGGAACGCUGCUGCAGAGCGAGAGUGGGACUGCACCAGAGUCAACCCUUGGAGGUGCUGCUGCUUCAAAUUAUGCAAAUUCCACUUGGGGCCCGGGAGCCUCCUCCAACAACGGCGCCUCCCCCAACCCAAUCCACAUCUGGGACAAGGUGAUUGUAGACGGGUCUGACAUGGAAGAGUGGCCUUGUAUUGCCAGCAAAGACACUGAAUCUUCUUCCGAAAACACCACCGAUAACAACAGUGCCUCAAACCCUGGCUGUGAGAAGAGCGCUCUGCCAGGAAGCACCACUAGUAACAAAGGCAAAGGGAGCCAGUGCCAGUCUGCGAGUUCUGGGAGCGAAUGUAAUCUUGGGGCCUGGAAAUCUGACCCUAAGGCUAAAUCUGUUCAAUCUUCCAACUCUACUUCAGACAGCAACAGUGGACUAGGAAACUGGAGGAAUGUGACUGGUCAGGAUAGAAUUGGAUCUGGCUCUGGCUUCAGCAACUUUAACCCAAAUAGCAACCCAUCUGCCUGGCCAGCAUUGGUCCAAGAAGGAACUUCUAGGAAGGGGGCAUUGGAAACAGAAAAUAGUAGUUCCAGUGCACAGGUUAGCACAGUAGGUCAGGCAUCCAGGGAACAGCAGUCAAAGAUGGAAAAUGCGGGUGUUAAUUUUGUUGUCUCUGGCAGAGAACAGGCUCAAAUUCAUAACACUGAUGGACCAAAAAAUGGAAACACUAACUCCUUGAACUUAAGUUCACCAAACCCCAUGGAAAAUAAGGGAGUGCCCUUUGGAAUGGGCUUGGGGAACACCCCCAGGAGCACUGACGCCCCUUCACAGAGCACUGGAGAUCGAAAGACUGGGAGUGUUGGGUCUUGGGCUGCAGCUAGGGGGCCUUCUGGAACUGACACCGUCCCUGGACAAAGCAAUUCUGGAAAUAAUGGGAACAAUGGGAAAGAUAGAGAGGACUCCUGGAAAGGAGCUUCUGUUCCAAAAUCAGCGGGCUCAAAAAAUGACUCCUGGGACAAUAACAGGUCUACGGGUGGGUCCUGGAAUUUUGGCCCUCAGGACUCUAAUGACAACAAAUGGGGUGAAGGGAACAAAAUGACAUCUGGGGUCUCUCAGGGAGAAUGGAAACAGCCGACUGGGUCUGAUGAGUUGAAAAUUGGAGAAUGGAGUGGUCCAAACCAACCAAAUUCUAGCACUGGAGCAUGGGACAAUCAAAAGGGCCACCCCCUCCCUGAAAACCAAGGCAGUGCCCAGGCUCCCUGUUGGGGAAGAUCUUCCAGCUCCACAGGAAGUGAGGUUGGAGGUCAAAGCACUGGAAGCAACCACAAAGCAGGAAGUAGCGACAGUCAUAAUUCAGGCCGUCGGUCGUACAGGCCCACACAUCCUGAUUGCCAGGCUGUCUUGCAGACUCUUUUGAGCCGAACUGAUUUGGACCCCAGGGUGCUCUCAAACACUGGCUGGGGCCAAACUCAAAUUAAGCAGGACACGGUGUGGGAUAUUGAAGAGGUGCCAAGGCCUGAGGGGAAAUCUGACAAAGGAACUGAGGGGUGGGAGAGCGCUGCCACACAGACCAAGAACUCAGGGGGCUGGGGAGAUGCACCCAGCCAAAGCAAUCAAAUGAAGUCUGGAUGGGGGGAGCUCUCAGCCUCGACAGAAUGGAAAGACCCCAAAAGUGCAGGAGGCUGGAAUGACUACAAGAACAACUCCUCCUCCAACUGGGGAGGGGGACGAGCAGAUGAAAAGACACCGUCCUCUUGGAAUGAGAGUUCCUGCAAGGAUCAGGGGUGGACAGCUGGGCGCCAGCCCAACCAAGGAUGGACUUCUGGGAAGAAUGGUUGGGGCGAGGAGGUUGAUCAAGUGAGGAGUAACAACUGGGAAAGCCCUGCAGACAAGCCUGUCUCUGGGUGGGGUGAGGGAGGGCGGAAUGAAAUUGGAACCUGGGGUAAUGGUGGGAAUACAAACCUAGCUUCAAAAGGUGGGUGGGAAGAUUGCAAAAGAUCCCCUGCAUGGAACGAGACAGGCAGACAGCCCAAUUCCUGGAAUAAACAACACCAACAGCAGCAGCAGCAGCAGCAGCAGCCGCCACCACCACAGCCAGAGGCUUCUGGUUCCUGGGGAGGCCCACCCCCACCACCUCCAGGCAAUGUUCGACCUUCUAAUUCCAACUGGAGCAGUGGGCCCCAACCUGCAGCCCCUAAGGAUGACGAACCCAGUGGUUGGGAGGAGCCAUCUCCACAGUCAAUUAGUCGGAAAAUGGACAUUGAUGAUGGAACUUCAGCUUGGGGAGACCCUAACAGUUAUAACUACAAGAAUGUGAACCUAUGGGAUAAGAAUUCCCAAGGGGGCCCAGCACCUCGAGAACCAAACCUGCCUACCCCGAUGACUGGAAAAUCAGCGUCAGUCUGGAACAAAAGCACACCACCUGCUCCAGAUAAUGGGACUUCAGCCUGGGGUGAGCCAAACGAAAGCAGUCCUGGGUGGGGUGAAAUGGAUGAUGCAGGAGCAUCGACCACAAGCUGGGGAAACACACCUGCCAGUGCUCCCAAUGCUAUGAAACCCAAUUCCAAAUCUAUGCAAGACGGCUGGGGGGAGAGUGACGGGCCGGUCACAGGAACUCGCCAUCCUAGCUGGGAAGAGGAGGAGGAUGGAGGAGUCUGGAACACCGCCGGCUCUCAGGGAAGCACUUCCUCCCACAACUCAGCAAGCUGGGGACAAGGAGGAAAGAAACAAAUGAAGUGCUCACUAAAAGGAGGAAACAGUGAUUCAUGGAUGAAUCCUCUUGCCAAACAGUUUUCAAAUAUGGGAUUGCUGAGUCAAACUGAAGAUAACCCAAGCAGCAAAAUGGAUUUGUCUGUAGAUAAGAAAUUUGAUGUGGACAAGCGAACAAUGAAUCUCGGGGAUUUUAAUGAUAUCAUGAGGAAGGAUCGACCUGGGUUCCGUCCACCUAAUUCCAAAGACUUGGGAACCGCAGACAGUGGGCCUUAUUUUGAGAAGCUGACUUUGCCUUUCUCCAAUCAAGAUGGGUGCCUUGGGGAUGAGGCUCCCUGCUCUCCCUUCUCCCCUUCUCCCAGCUACAAGCUGUCUCCCUCUGGUUCCACACUACCCAACGUCAGCCUUGGAGCAAUCGGCACAGGGCUCAACCCCCAAAACUUCGCUGCUAGACAAGGUGGCAGUCACGGUUUGUUUGGAAACAGCACAGCACAAUCGAGAGGCCUGCACACUCCAGUGCAGCCACUGAGUUCUUCUCCUGGUCUCCGGGCGCAAGUGCCUCCCCAGUUUAUCUCCCCCCAGGUUUCUGCCUCAAUGCUCAAGCAGUUCCCCAACAGUGGCCUGAAUCCAGGUCUCUUUAAUGUGGGCCCCCAGUUAUCUCCUCAACAGAUUGCCAUGCUGAGCCAGCUUCCACAGAUCCCCCAGUUUCAGUUGGCAUGUCAGCUUCUCCUGCAGCAGCAGCAGCAACAGCAGCAGUUACUACAGAACCAGAGAAAGAUUUCUCAAGCAGUGCGCCAGCAGCAAGAGCAGCAGCUGGCAAGAAUGGUGAGUGCUCUCCAACAGCAGCAGCAGCAACAACAGCAACAGCAGCGGCAGCCUAGCAUGAAGCAUUCACCGUCUCAUCCUGUUGGGCCUAAGCCACAUUUGGACAACAUGGUACCCAAUGCACUGAAUGUGGGGCUCCCAGACCUUCAGACCAAAGGGCCAAUCCCUGGAUAUGGUUCUGGCUUCAGCUCUGGCAGCAUGGACUAUGGUAUGGUUGGCGGCAAGGAGGCUGGAACUGAGUCUCGCUUCAAGCAGUGGACCUCCAUGAUGGAAGGGCUGCCUUCUGUGGCCACACAAGAAGCCACCAUGCACAAAAACGGCGCUAUAGUGGCCCCUGGUAAGACCCGAGGAGGAUCACCAUACAACCAGUUUGAUAUAAUCCCAGGUGAUACACUGGGUGGCCAUACGGGUCCUGCUGGUGAUAGCUGGUUACCUGCCAAAUCUCCACCGACUAAUAAAAUCGGAAGUAAAUCCAGCAAUGCCAGUUGGCCUCCAGAAUUCCAACCAGGAGUGCCAUGGAAAGGUAUCCAAAAUAUUGACCCUGAAUCUGACCCCUAUGUCACCCCAGGAAGUGUGCUGGGGGGUACAGCCACAUCUCCCAUUGUAGAUACUGACCACCAGCUGCUGCGGGAUAACACCACAGGGUCUAAUUCUUCCCUCAACACCUCGCUGCCUUCACCUGGUGCCUGGCCCUACAGUGCCUCUGACAACUCCUUUACCAACGUUCAUAGCACUUCAGCAAAGUUCCCUGAUUACAAAUCCACGUGGUCCCCAGAUCCCAUAGGACACAACCCCACUCAUCUCUCCAACAAGAUGUGGAAAAACCACAUCUCCUCCAGGAACACUACACCGCUGCCCCGCCCACCUCCUGGCCUGACCAACCCCAAACCGGCAUCUCCCUGGAGCAGCACAGCACCCCGAUCAGUCCGGGGAUGGGGGACACAGGACUCUCGGAUUGCCUCGGCCUCUACCUGGAGUGAUGGUGGCUCUGUACGUCCUAGUUACUGGCUGGUUCUACACAAUCUCACUCCACAGAUUGAUGGGUCAACCUUGAGAACGAUCUGCAUGCAGCAUGGUCCACUGCUGACAUUCCAUCUGAAUCUAACCCAGGGUACUGCCCUCAUCCGAUACAGCACCAAACAAGAGGCAGCCAAGGCCCAGACUGCACUGCACAUGUGUGUGUUGGGAAACACUACCAUCCUAGCCGAGUUUGCCACUGAAGAUGAAGUCAGCCGCUUUCUGGCUCAAGCUCAGCCCCCUACACCUGCAGCAACCCCAAGCGCACCCACCACAGGGUGGCAGUCACUGGAGACCAGCCAGAGCCAAGCAGACCCCGUUGGACCUGCGCUGAACCUUUUUGGUGGGUCCACUGGGCUCGGGCAGUGGAGCAGCAGCGCAGGUGGCAGCAGUGGGGCCGAUCUUGCUGGCACUUCCUUGUGGGGCCCCCCAAACUAUUCUUCUAGCUUGUGGGGAGUCCCAACGGUGGAAGACCCCCAUAGGAUGGGCAGCCCUGCCCCUUUACUACCUGGUGACCUUCUGGGAGGAGGGUCGGAUUCAAUCUGAACUUAGAACUUUCAACUCUGACCUCGUGACCUUUUUUGGAACAGCAGCAGCACUAACUUGACCUUUUCGUUUUUUUUUUCAACUUGCAAUAAAUACAUUUUUAAAAGGAAAAAAGAAAACGGAGAGAGAAAAAAGGUGGGUCAUUGACAGACUGUCUGAGCACAUAGUUGCCUCCCUUAAAACUUCAGUUUUUUCGUUUGGAAUAUGAAUCCAAAAAGAGAACAUAUCACUCUUGAAAUACUUGAAUCAUGAACGCCAACCUAGAAAGACAAUGUGAAGCAAGUACACAUACCAUUUAAAUUUAAACACAAAAAAAUUAAAAAAAAUUAGUUUCUAGUUUUUCACUUUUUUCAUGUUAUAUGGAAGUUGUUGCUAAGAAACAUAUAUACUGAAAAAAAUAGCUUUUUAACUUUGUUUGCACUGGGUGUGUUUCCGUCCUUAGGUCUACCAUGUUUGGGUGGGAGGGAAAUUCAAAAGAAUUGUUGGGGGAGGGGGGAGGGAAGACUUGACGGAGCCUCACUUUAAAAACAAAACAAAAAAAAAAAACCUUUAAAAAAAAAAAAAAGGAAAAUUUUUGUGAUUGGCUGGUUGAUAAAUACCAGUGUGUUCUGGCACAUGUAACUGCCCAGGCAUGCUCGUUCUGGUAUGUGUGUGCACGUGUGUUCAUGUGCAUUUGCGUGCAUCCUCCUCUUUGUCUCUUAUGUGUGUGCCUGCGUCCUACCCUCCUCGUCCUACCCCACCCUAUUUCUCAGAAAGCUGCAUUGCUGACAGUUUGCAGGCUGGCUGGCCGGCCAUCCGCUCUUUAUUAUUUUUAACUAUGAGAACACAGGAGCACAGGGAGCCGCUGCAACUCAAGCCACUUCUUCAGGCUGCAUUGAAACGAAGGGUGCUUCUCAAUGAUGAGAGCGGCAGCCAGGAGGAGGUGAGGGUCCCCAGCUCCUGCUGACCUAGCCGCAGAGCUGAGCACUGCCACGUCCAGCAGCUGGGCGGGAGGUGCCUCUCAGAGCUGCUGUUGCUCACUGCUGUGCUGUGAAAUAAGCAGCCACUGAGCACAUGGGGGACUAAGUCCCAAGCAGGCCUUUUUUGCUACUUUGAAUGGGAACAGAUGAUUCAGUCAUUUUUAAAUUGUGAUGUUUUAAAAGCAGAAAAACUGUGUUCCCACUUUCCUGCAUCAUCAGGUAUGAGAAUUGUUUUUAAAGGAAUCAGGUAAAUGCAAAUUAAGUAAUUCCCGUUGGUUCUUACUAUCAUUGAGGAAAACAGCGCUAAUUGUGAGCAGCCUCCUGGAAACAUGGCAGCCCCUCCCUCUCUGCUCCUCUCUAGUUGAGCUGAGCAUUACCUGUGCCAGGCCAUGGGCGUUACAGCACCAGGCCAUCACUGACAGAAACGUUUACUUAUCGAAUGUUCUUAAACCAGUGUGUACUUCAAGCGUCUCCCUUUGUUUCUGUGUUGUGUUUCCUGUGUCUGUGGUUUUGCUUAGGCAGACAUAACUUAGCAAAGAUUUAAGUAUUGCACCUUGUUUUGGUUUUGACCUCUUUUUUUUCUUCCUUGUAAUGUUUUUUUUUUUUUUUUUUUUUUUAAAUUUUGGUAUUUAAAGACUUUUUUUUUUUUUAAGCAUCAAUGUAGUAGUUCUCUGGGUCGAACAGGAGGCAAUGUUUAAUCCACAGUUAUCACCAACACGUAUGUACUAUGUUGGAAUCAAAAUAUAUCAAAUUGCUUAUUGUAAAAAGAGUGAAGGCAAACCUGAAGGGGAUCCUUACAUAGUAAACGGC